CGAGCGCGACGUAGAGGAAUACUUUUCGACAAGUGUCAUUAAUUCUGAAUAAAGGCCUAGUUAUUGACUGCAUGCGGCUUGAUUUCAUACGUCGCUGAGAUCGGUGCGCAAUGUUUUGCGAUGGACAAGUUGAGGAGGACAGUGCGCUCUAUAACCUGUCUUUCCAGCCAUGACCAUUCAAGAGCACAGUGACUCCAACUCGUGCAAUAGAUGUUUUUCCCUCUCUAACUUUAUUCCUUUUCGUUACACCUGCCAUCCUUCCCCUCUCCUCUCUCAUGCCCUUUUCACUGCAUCUCUCCUCUCUUAUCUCUCCCAUCUCCAUCUCUUUGAAUUUCCUUGCCUCCCAUCCUCUAUCACUCACACUGUCACUCCUGUUCUGUGUCUGAUUUCAUAAUGCUGCGCUUCGGUCUAGCAUUGGACUACCCUUGCACUCUGGGUCUGUUGGUGGGCUUCCAGUUUGCAUUUUUCCUCUGUUUCUCCCUGGGAGGUUUUCGUAACCUAGUGUCUGUUUUGGUUCAUUCCACUGGGCCGGAGUUUGACUACUCUCGACCGCAUGAUGUCUACACCAACCUCAGCUCUCUGCUGCUUCACCACCCAGGACCAAUUGAACGAGAACAGCAGCUCAGAGACUGUGCACUGCCCUCUCCACUGCUGGUGGGUCCUGUUUCUGUCCAUCUCUCCUUGCCCCCCUCCCUGGAGGAGAUAAAAGAGAAGAACACCUUGGUGAAAUUAGGGGGUCAUUACCGCCCACCAGACUGUGAGCCACAGCACCACACAGCCAUCGUGAUCCCCUACAGGAACCGUCAGACCCACCUCCGCGCCCUCCUCUACCAUCUGCACCCCUUCCUGCAGCGCCAGCAGGUCCACUACGGCAUUUACAUUGUGCACCAGACAGGGAAUUCUACAUUUAACCGGGCAAAAUUGCUGAAUGUUGGGGUGCGUGAGGCACUGAAAGAGGAGGACUGGGGCUGUAUUUUCUUGCAUGACGUAGACCUGCUCCCUGAGAAUGACCACAAUACUUACACCUGUCACCCCCAGCACCCUACACAUCACUCUGUGGCUAUGGACAAGUUCAGAUACAGGCUUCCAUACUCUCAGUACUUCGGAGGAGUGUCUGCUUUAACCCCGGAGCAGUACCUCAAAAUGAACGGCUUUCCUAACCAUUUCUGGGGCUGGGGAGGAGAAGAUGAUGACAUUGCAGCUCGAGUCCGUCUCUCUGGAAUGAAGAUCCAGUGUCCCCCAAUGUCCAUCGGUCAUUAUAAGAUGAUCAAACAUAAAGAAGAUCAGGGUAAUGAGCAGAACCCUAGAAGGUAUGACUUGCUGAAGCACACAAGACUGAACUGGCGAUCAGAUGGACUGAGCUCACUCACAUAUGAGCUCUUGUCCAAAGAGCUGGAGCCAUUAUACACUAAUUUAUCAGUCGACAUUGGAGAUAAUCAUCAUCAUCCAUCUGUAAAGGCUCCGCUCCCGAAAUCAGAGCCUCAAGCCACACCCAUUAAUUAAAAACAAGGCUGGAAAAGUGGGUGUGGUCAUCACAAAUGCUUCAAAAUUAGAACCCGCCCAUUUGAAGGCCAAUAACCAAAGUUCAAAUGUUCAUUCGAAUGCUCCUGUAAAAUAAGAAAUAGGAUGAUAUUGAU